UUCUGUCACAAGUGUUUCAAAAUGGACGACGAAGCGCCAGUCAUCUAUGGGCUCGAGUUUCAGGCCAGAGCACUGUCUGCUCAAACAGCAGAGACUGAUAAAAUACGAUUUCUGGUGGGCACACAGUCACUCCGAGCAGAAAAUCAGAUCCACCACAUAGACUUUGACGAUGAAAACAACAUCAUAAACAAGAAUGUAUACAUCCACCGAGAGGGCGAGAUCUGGGACAUCAGUGCCUCUACCAUGGAUAGUAAUCUCCUAGCCACCUGCUACAACAAAACAACGGAAUCCAAGACAGAGAUGCGAGGAGCUGUAUGGAAACUUCCAUCAGACUACGACAGCACGCAGGUGGAGGACCACUCUUCCCAUCAGUCUUUACAGCUUGUCUGUCACCUUGACGACACUGAAUACGGGGACAUGAAAAGUGUCCUGUGGCAUCCGACUGGUGAUAGCAGCAGUCUAAUUGGCUUGUCUGACAACCAUAUCCUCCUCUGGGACCUUGAUAGCUCCUCAAGUACUGCAAAGCUGACCGCCUCCGCAGAAUUAGAGAGUAAGGGUCAACCUAAGAUGACCUGUGGCAGGUGGAAUCCACACCACAAUAGCCAGCAGGUGGCAACUGCCAACGAUACCGCCAUACGAGGAUGGGACAUUCGCUCCAUGCAACAGGUGUAUGUUAUCGAGAAUGCCCAUGGUCAGUUAGUCAGGGACGUAGACUUCAACCCAAAUAAGCAGUACUACCUAGCCAGUUGUGGAGACGAUUGUAAGGUGAAGUUCUGGGACACAAGGAAUCCUACGGAGCCCCUCAAAGUGUUAGCAGAACACUCUCACUGGGUAUGGGCUGUGAGAUACAACCAUUUCCAUGAUCAGCUGGUCCUAUCAUCCAGCAGUGAUAGUCGGGUCAUCCUCAACAAUAUUGUGUCAUUGUCGUCAGAGCCGUUUGGACAUCUUGUGGAGAAUGACGAUGAUAGUGAUGAGGACCAACAGGUUCAGAAUCGUUCUACAGAAGCACCUAAGGACGGAGUGAUAGCCACUUAUGAGGAACACGAGGACAGUGUGUAUGCUGUGGACUGGUCAUCCGCUGACCCAUGGGUGUUCGCCUCCCUUAGUUAUGAUGGACGGCUAGUCAUCAACAGAGUACCAAGGGCGGAGAAAUACAAGAUUUUAUUAUGAAUUUUGUACGUCAACUGUGGAUGAUUAAAUGGAGAACCAUGGACAGAGAACUACAGGGAAAUGAUGCUGUAACAUCAAAAGGAUGAUUUUCUUAAAUGUUUUCCAUAACUUUGAAAUGAUGUGUGGGAAAAAUAUCCUUAUUUGGCAAUAACUAGCACUUGUCACACCAUCAUGGCAAUACGUAACAGGCUUGCGUAUUUUAUAAAGAGUGCAUAUGUAAAUAUAUUACCCACAUGUUUAUCACCUACUCUGAUAACUGAUAAGUGCGUUUAUGAGGGUAUUUUUAAUGAAACAAUAUUUUGUUAAAGAGCGCUAAAAAAAAUCUAAUUACCAGAGGUAUUGAUUCAAAACUGUAUGCAAUGUUAUGUGUUAAGGGGAGAAAAGCAUUGAGAAAUAUAUAAUGGUGUAAAAACUAGAAUCAUGCCAUAUCACUAUUAAGCAUAUAUUCAUUUGAGUGGUUCAUUUAGUGAGCUAGCAAGCAAAUGUGAGUUUAAUGUACAUGUACCGGUAUAUAUAGGAACAUAGCCCUAGUGUGAUUAUAGGUAUGGUAUGGUUAGUGCUGAUGUGCUAGUUUGAUAUGAUUUAGUUCUAAUAGUGCUUGUUCUGGCUUAGUGCAAGUGUAUUAUGGGUAGACAAGAUCUAAGGGUUUAGUGCUGACGUGACAGUGUAUUGUGGGUAAACAAGAUUUUAUGGUUUAGUGCUGACGUGACAGUGCAUUGUGGGCAGACAAGAUUUUAUGGUUUAGUGCUGACAUGACAGUGUAUUGUGGGCAGACAAGAUUGUAUGGUUUAGUGCUGACGUGACAGUGUAUUAUGGGUAGACAAGAUCUAAGGGCUUAGUGCUGACGUGACAGUGUAUUGUGGGCAGACAAGAUUGUAUGGUUUAGUGCUGACAUGACAGUGUAUUGUGGGCAGACAAGUGACAGUGUAUUGUGGGCAGACAAGAUUGUAUGGUUUAGUGCUGACGUGACAGUGUAUUGUGGGUAGACAAGAUUGUAUGGUUUAGUGCUGACAUGACAGUGUAUUGUGGGCAGACAAGAUUGAAUGGUUUAGUGCAGACGUGACAGUGUAUUGUUGGCAGACAAGAUUGUAUGGUUUAGUGCAGACGUGACAGUGUAUUGUGGGUAGACAAGAUUGAAUGGUUUAGUGCAGACGUGACAGUGUAUUGUGGGCAGACAAGAUUGUAUGGUUAAGUGCAGACGUGACAGUGUAUUAUGGGUAGACAAGAUUGUAUGGUUAAGUGCUAACAUGACAGUGCAUUGUGGGCAGACAAGAUUGUAUGGUUUAGUGCAGACGUGACAGUGUAUUAUGGGUAGACAAGAUUGUAUGGUUAAGUGCAGACGUGACAGUGUAUUAUGGGUAGACAAGAUUGUAUGGUAAGGGCAGACGUGACAGUGUAUUAUGGGUAGACAAGAUUGUAUGGUUUAGUGCAGACGUGACAGUGUAUUAUGGGUAGACAAGAUUGUAUGGUUAAGUGCUAACGUGACAGUGUAUUGUGGGCAGACAAGAUUGUAUGGUUUAGUGCUGAUGUGACAGUGUAUUAUGGGUAGACAAGAUUGUAUGGUAUGGUUUAGUGCUGAUGUGACGGUGAAUGAUGGGUAGACAAGAAUUUUACAUUGUUAUCAAAUAACAAACUUCAUCUUUCAAAUCACUAAGAAAAUUAUGAAUGUCAUUUCAUUAUGUCAGAGUUUCAUUGUCAGGCUUCAUGGUGAUUAGGUCUUCUGCACCUGGCAAGUCCACUCCAGUAGAACAUGUUAACCUGUUUGGCGAUAUACUGAUAACUGUGGAAGUAGGAAUUCUCGCUUGUGGAAAAGUUGGCAGUGCGACUCUUUAAUCUGAUUACAGUGUGGAAAUUUUUGUACAGGCAACGGUUCUAAAAUUUAGAUUAUAUAAAUCUUAUAUACAAUCUUUCUAAUUGAUAAAUAAAUGUUCGCAUGUAGAUAUGUUCAUGCUAAUUUACUCAAUACAGAAAUUGGGAGCAUUUCCACAAAGCAAAACUUUCCUCUUUUACAGUAUAAAGUAUGUUUAUUGGUAGGAAUUCAGAGGAGGUUAGAUGAUGCACUCUUAAAAUUUGUUUAAAAUUAUGGAUGUAUGAAGAUUUGACUAUGUGUAAUUAUAUCACAAUUUGUUACAGACAAAGUACAUAUUGUACAGGAAUUAUUUAUGUAUUGGUUGUUAUGUACAAAUGUUUCCUCUACAGGGACCAAGUGCAAUAAAACAAAUA